CCUUUUUUGACAAAGAAGAAGAAAAUUGCUGAUCAGUUUGAAAGUAGCAGCUUCAUUGGUAAUGCCUAGGAAAUUUCACGAGAGUUUAAUUACACAGUGACAGUGACCUACUCAAACCAUCUUGAUCCACUUCCUUAAUAUAAAGCUCCCUACUCACAUAUCUCUCUGCACUCAAUAACUCGGGACCCUUCUUCCUUUCAAAGAAGCUACCAAGAUUUCAAUCUCUUCCAUGGCCAUCCCAAAUGUCUCAUCCUCCUCCUCCCCUUCUUCUUCCCAUCCUUGGAAUCAUGAUGUUUUCCUUAGUUUCAGAGGGGAAGAUACCCGCAAUACCUUUACCGGUCAUCUAUAUAACGCUCUCAUUAUGAAGGGGAUCAACACCUUCAGAGAUGAUUUGUAUCUUCAGAAGGGAGACGAAAUCUCCCCAGCACUUUUGGAAGCCAUUGAACAAUCUAAAAUUUCCAUCAUCGUCUUCUCUAAGGACUAUUGCACCUCCACGUGGUGCUUAGAUGAACUUGUCAAGAUUCUCGAGUGUCGGAAAUCGAUCGGCCAAAUGGUUCGACUCAUUUUCUACGAUGUGAAUCCUUCAGAUGUGCGGAAACAGUUUGUAAAAAGGAUCGAUAUGCAUGAAAAUAAAGUCAACAAGGAUAAGCAGAGGUGGAAGGAGGCUCUCGAAGAGGCAGCCAACUUGUGCGGUUGGCAUUUGGACAAAGGGAAUGAGUCCGAUUUUAUCCAGCGCAUUGUUGAAGAGAUGUCAAGUAUAUUAAUGAAGCGCACAUCUUUAGAUGUUGCGAAGAACCCAGUCGGAUUAGAUUCUCACAUAAAGGUCAUGAGUGAGUUGUUGAGUGUUGGGAAUGAUGACGUUCGCAUGGUUGGAAUCCAUGGAAUUGGUGGAAUAGGUAAAACCACUAUCGCAAAAGCUGUAUACAACUCCUUUGCUCAUCAAUUUCAAAGUUGCUGCUUUCUUGCUGAAGUCCGAGAAACUACAAACCGGUCCGGCCUUGUUAAAUUACAAAAAACACUUCUAUCUGAGACCUUGAGCAUGAAUACCAAAUUAAAGGUGAGAAGUGUGGAUAGAGGAAUUACUGUAAUAAAGGAGAGGCUCUGCCAUAAGAAGGUUCUUUUAGUUCUUGAUGAUGUCAAUAAGGUGGAACAACUUGAAAAAUUAGCAGGAGAUAAGAAUUGGUUUGGUCCAGGAAGUCGAAUCAUUAUUACAACUAGAGAUCAACAUGUGCUAGAUACUCAUGGAGUAGAAAGAAGAUACAAGGUCCAAGAAUUAAGUGCUGCUGAUGCUCUUCAACUUCUUAGUUUGAAUGCUUUCCAUAAGUCUUAUCCUGAAGAAGGGUAUGAGGAGCUCAUAAAUAGUGUGGUUCAGUACGCCAAGGGCCUUCCCUUGGUUCUAGUGGUGUUGGGGUCUUUCCUAUGUGGUAGAAGCAAACCUCAAUGGGAAAGCACAAUACGUAAAAUGCAAAGAAGUCUUGACAAAGAUAUCUAUGAAAUACUUAAAAUAAGCUUUGAUGCACUGGACGACAAUGAGAAGGCUAUCUUCCUUUAUAUUGCGUGUUUCUUUAAGGGAGAAGAGAGAGAUUUUGUAACAAAAAUUUGGGAAGCGAGUGAUUUUGAUCCAGUUAUUGGAAUACAAGUUCUCAUCGAAAGAUCUUUGGUGAAUGUUGAUCAACAUGAACGAUUGCAGAUGCAUGACGUGAUACAAUUGAUGGGUAGGAAUAUUGUUCAUCAAGAAUCUCCCGACGAGCCAGGAGAGCGAAGCCGAUAUGGUCUCAUGAGGAUAUUCUCCGUGUUCUUAAGGAAAAUACGGGAACUUAUAAUGCAAUUCAAGCCAUAAAGCUAGAUUUGUUCGGGCAAAAAGAUAUUUUGCUGAAUCCUAGUGCGUUUACAAGAAUGAAAAGGCUUAGACUGCUUAGAAUCCGUCAUGCACGCUUUUCAGAGAGUCCUAAAAGUUUGUCUAAUGAGCUAAUAUUGCUUGAUUGGGAUGGAUACCCAUCACCAUCUCUGCCGUCCAAUUUUCAUCCUCAGAAACUUGUUACUCUCAACAUGCAUCACAGUAAAAUCAAGCAAUUCGAAGGAAUAAAGGUUUCAGGUCAAUAUUCAUUCAGCCAGUGGAUAUUUUCUGGUAUAGAGAGGCAUGUGGGCAUCAGGAUCAGCUGGUAGUAUCAAAGAAAAAUGGUGAGAUCAACCGUUACAAAAGUCAUACCUGCUUUCAAUGGAGCUACCAGUGAACUUUACGUUGGAGGGAGGUUAUUCUGCUGGAAGUGUAUCCCCUAUCUACAAGAAUUGUGUAGUUGUUGUAUGCAUUAAUAGUUGUUGUUAAAAAUGCUGAUGACCCUCUUCUCCUUCCCACAGGGUAAACAGAGAAUUUUCCAUUUCCCUCAAAGACUAUGAUAUUGGAACAUUCCUGAUCAAUGUUGUAAAUAUAUAUAUGGGGCAAUAGUUUUUCAUGGAUUUGUUGUCUGUAUCCCAGCACAGUUAUGUUUAAUGGGUUAUUAGUUGUAAGAAACAGGGGAACGUAAUUAAAGUAUAAUUAUGCUUA